UCCGCAGUGCAGCCGCUGCCAUUUGCCUUUAGUUCUCAUGCUUUUUGCGCGGCCGAUAUCAUCCUGAAUUAGGGUGCAACGGAAUGCGGCCAUAAAUAAGUGCCCAAUACGUGAUCGCGAACGACUCCUUCAAGGUGAGGUACCUUAAGCUUCGUCACUCCACAGAAAGUCCACGAGCUUCGACCGGACCUGGCUCCGACAUAAGAGCGCAACAGAAACAACCAGGAACCGAUCAACACAACCCAACCACAAUUCGACCUUGCCGACAUCAUGGCCGAAGACCGUCCCGCCUCUCCGACUCCAUCCGAACGAGCUGCCAAAGAUAAGGAAGCUAAGCAGCGAGAGGAUGAAGAGCAGGGCAAGCUUCCGUACAAAUGGACGCAGACCAUCAGCGACUUGGACAUCACAGCACCGAUUCCAGGAAACUUGAAAGGCAGAGACUUGGACGUGAAAUUGUCAAAAAUGAGCAUCAAAGCAGGAAUCAAGGGACAAGACCCUAUCAUCGAGGGCCCUCUCCCACAUUCGAUCGACCUCGAUGAAUCCGCCUGGACGCUCGAAACCACACCUUCAGGCGGGAAAGAACUCAAUUUGCACCUCGAAAAAGUCAACAAGAUGGAAUGGUGGGCACAUGUGGUGACUUCCGCGCCGAAAAUCGACACGAGUAAGAUCACGCCCGAGAACUCCAAGUUGAGUGAUCUGGACGGCGAGACGAGGAGUAUGGUCGAGAAGAUGAUGUUUGAUCAGAGGCAGAAGGAGAUGGGAAAGCCGAGCAGUGAUGAGCAGAAGAAGUUGGACAUGUUGAAGAAAUUCCAGGAACAACACCCGGAGAUGGACUUUUCGAACGCGAAGAUGAGCUGA